AUGUUUAAUGUACAAACUGUAAUUGUAUUACUCUUAUGUGGUCCUGUUUUUUCUUUGGAAAAUGGAACAAAACAUGCUUCUAACAACAAAGACGAUAUUUCAAGAAAACGUUCUGUCCACCCGGUGCUCUUUUCUGCAUCCAAAGCAAAGGGGUUUCUUAAUUUUUGUGAAGAAAAUGAUGGGUUUGACAUAUCGAGAGAUCUUAAACGAGAAUGCUUUUACAAGCCGUAUAUAGAAAGUAUGGUCAUACCAUCCAGUUUUAUUAUAAUAUCCAUUGUAAUUGGUGUGAUAACGGUAUUUGUCACUUCGUGUGUGUAUUGUUGUUGUAAUUCGUGUUGUCAUAUUAAAUGUGUUUGUUGUAGUACAAAGCCAUCCAAGCCAUAUGAAAAGAGGUCGUGGUUGAAUGGCAUGAUAGUGGCACUUGUUAUUGUAAUACUUCUUAUUCCAUUUUUGGUAGUUGGCGUUGUGGGCAAUAAAGGGUUUGGGGCUGCACUUGACAACAUUUCACAUAUAUUCUUUGACUCAUUUGAUUAUGUUGUAGAUGUGUAUCAUGAGUGUUAUUCAGUAUUAAAUAGAAUCGAUUUAACUCCAUUUAAAAAUAUAACGUCGUUUGAUCCCGCUGUGUUAAAUGAGACUCUUGAGGCUGUUGGCAAAGUUGAUAACACCAUUAAUAGUGUUAACACUUUUGUGAGUCACAUCCACAAAUUUGUUGAUUGGGGGGUUUCGUUUAGAGAAAUUAUAGUGGACUUUACUUUAAUUAUAACAGUAGUACCACUCUUCUUGUACUUCUUUGGCGCGUUUUUUCGAUUACACUUCUUUGUGGCUGUCAUUUUUCCAUUUGCUGUUAUUUUUGCGUGUAUUUCAAUGUCGUACGUUGCAGUAGAGUACCCCGCAGUGACUUUAGUUUCAGACUUGUGCGUAUUCUCAAUAAACGAAUACAACAAGACGGUGAACACGAAUAAGACUGAACUUAACUUCUUAGACAACCUAAUCAACAUCUUUAGUGAUUGUCAAAACUCGGAACUGGACAAACUGUUUGAUGAAAUUCAACGAGUACAAAAGGUUAUUGUAAAAGACACAUUGGAGAUGUAUAAUCAGAUAUGUAUAGAGGGUAUCCAAAAUUCAACUAAAAUAACGCGAUUUGAUGGCGAAAAUUAUAACAAAUGUACUGGUGUAUUGAACAACACAUUGUGUGUCAAAAAAGUGAAUAAAACAGCAAAUAUGGAAAGUUUUGUGAAUUGUCCGCCACUCCCAGGGUACGAGACUGCAACAAUCAGUGAUGUGAUUAAGACACUCAAUAACAUCUCAAUUUCAAAUUUCAAAUUCUACUUUUUGAAGAAAACGAAUAACAACUUUGAUACAGUAAGGUGUGAAAAUAGUGUUUGGGGAGUCGCCAAUUUACAUGAUUUUACACAGACGAAUAUUGUCUGCGAUUGGAAAGGAAAUUAUUCAGUCAAAUGGUGUAUGAACAACUGUGUUGAUCCUUUAAAGUCAACUUCUGCGACAAUCGAACUGUUGGUUGAUGUCUCAACCAUUCUUGCUGAUGUUGUUUAUAUCAUCAGCGAAAAGGUGCUCCCCAUGUUGAGUUGUGACAAUGUCAAUUCACUUGCGAAACAAUUGAAAGUAAAUGCGUGUUACAACUUAAUUGAAGAAGAAAAGCCUUUGAUUGCAGGUUUAAUUGGGCACGCAAUCAUAUUGCUUCUACUCUACGUAGUGACUCUUUUUCUUAUCAAAAGGUUCGAUAGGAACAAUUACAAGAAUGAAAGAAUAACAUCUGAUGAUGGGACAAAUGAAACUGAAAUUGAAAUGGAAGAAAUAAAUGAAAAUUCUAGUGAGUUAGUGGCAGUUGAGAAGAGUGUCAUGCUUUCUGAAAAUGUCAAGAAAAAUGACACCGAGAAAUCAGUUGAAGAAAACAAAGAAGAUCCCAUCGAGUUAUGA